GCUAGAAGCAUAGUUCAGAUUAUAAGAAGGAGGGCACUCUUCAUUCCCUUCAUCUCGUCCGAUAUAUUACACACUCUAUCACCUUUGUUCUCUCCUCUUUCGAUAUCUAUAUAUUGGGACGACUCUUUGUCCAUCUCACCCAACUCUCAGAAUCUGACUACUUCGCAAGAUGGCAGAACUUGAUCUUGACUCUAUCCUCGAAUUCACCAUUCAGCUUGCUAGAGAAGCUGGGGCGAUGAUCAAGAAUGGACAAGAGCGACGUUUCGCUUCCGGUGCUUCCGAAGAUCAAAAGCUUAACUCGGUAGAUCUCGUGACCGAAGUCGACAAAGAUGUUGAGAAGUUCAUUACCGAAAAGAUCAUGGCAGCAUACCCAGGCCACAAAUUUAUCGGCGAAGAGACUUAUCAUGGCCAAGAGCUGACGGAUGACCCUACUUGGAUUGUGGACCCUAUCGAUGGUACCACAAACUUUGUUCAUGGCUUUCCGAUGGUGUGCACUUCCAUCGGUCUGGCUGUCAAAGGCAUGCCGGUGGUUGGAGUUGUAUACAAUCCUUUCCUAGAGCAGCUGUUCUCGGCCGCCAAAGGCCGCGGGGCAUGUUUGAAUCAAGGUACCACUUUACCAUGCACUGGAGAUCGUCCUCUUGCUUCGCUUGGAGAAGCUCUGAUCAUAGCCGACUUCGGGUCUCGCCGUUCAAACCCUCAGUACAAGUCGAAGAUGGAUACAAUGUACAUUGUGGGUGCAACUCCGGAGAUUGGGGGAAAGAUGGCACAUUCCGUCAGGAUCUUGGGUAGUGCCGCUCUUAGCAUCUGCUAUGUAGCAGCAGGGAUGUCGGACACGUAUUGGGAGAUUGGCUGCUGGCCUUGGGAUGUCUGCGCGGGAAUUUGCAUCCUGCACGAAGCUGGCGGCGCUGCUUUCGGAACCAAAUCUCGCCCUCUUGACGGAACAGUUGACAAGGAAAUGCUUAUGGGCAGAAAGUAUUUUGUCAUCCGCCACAUUUCCCCGACUGAGACGGAAACCAACUUUGAGGCUCAGCAGCGACUUGCUAAGGAGUAUUUGGACUGUACGGAUGACUUCGAUCCGUGAUCAGUUGCUUCUGCCAGAACACGUGCAAGCACACUUUGAAUAUACUGUAUAGAAGAGUCAAACGCAUUAUGCAUUCGUGUCUGCU